UGGUAUUUACGCUCUUCUCAAAGGAGUUUUAGAAGAAGAAGAACAAGCUGUUAUAAAUAUAUGUUGUUAAGUUGACACAUUUUGUGUUUAAUUGUUAUUCGAAUAAUGAAUAAAGGUUGGCUAGAACUCGAGAGCGACCCAGGUCUGUUCACGUUGCUGCUACAAGAUUUUGGGGUGAAAGGUGUCCAGGUGGAAGAAAUAUAUGAUCUUCAGAAAGCAUUUGAAGGGAACACAUAUGGCUUCAUCUUCCUGUUCCGUUGGAUUGAAGAGCGCAGGUCGCGGCGCAAGACUAUAACAGAAGACGAACAAUUUGUCACUGAUCCAGACGUCGUUAACAGCAUAUUCUUUGCCCAACAGAUGAUCCCCAAUUCCUGCGCCACCCACGCCCUGCUCAGCGUGCUACUGAACUGUGAGAAGGUGACCCUGGGAGAGACCCUGGCUCACCUGAAGACUUACAGCUCCAACAUGAACCCCGAGAACAAAGGAUAUGCGAUAGGAAACAUUCCUGAGUUAGCUAGAGCUCAUAACAGUCAUGCAAGGAAGGAGGUGUCACACCUGCCAGAGAAGCUUCAGGGGAUGACAGUACGGACCAUGGAGGCCUUCCACUUUGUCAGCUACGUGCCUAUCAACGGACACCUGUUUGAACUAGACGGACUCAAGCCCUACCCUAUAGAUCAUGGACCAUGGGAUAAAAAUGAAGAAUGGACAGAAAAGUUUCGUAACGUGAUAACAGAGAGACUUGGAAUGGCUACUGGAGGUGAGCCGUAUCACGACAUCCGGUUCAACCUGAUGGCAGUGGUACCGGACAAGGUGAGCCUGUAUGAACACAAGCUCUCCACGCUCAAGACGAACAGGCAGAUUGUCCUGGAGGCACUUCAACAGAUGGUCAAAGUAACAACACCUGGUAUAACAUUGGCUGAGCAAGAGAAAUGUCUGGCAGCAGUCAAGAAACGAGACCCUUCAGUGUCUGUGGAUAUAGUGGCCAUGGAUACAUCAGAGAGUUCAAAUAUAAAAGAGCAUGAAAGUGUUCAAGCACCUGUUAUAGAUCUAACAGAGCACAGCAAUGAUAAUGAUAUCACGAUGGAAUGUAAGGGUGACAAUGGGGCACCUAGUCAGAGUCCAGAUGUAGAUGUUGAAUCUCAUGACAGCCCACUUGAGUGUGGUCACAAGACUGAAUCUGUAGCAGUGAAAACAGAACAAUCUAACCCUGAAUGUGGUCAUAAGACUGAGUCUGUAGCAGUGAAAACAGAAGUGUCCCACAUAGGAGUCCAACAUCCAAAAGAAGAGAAACAAAUGGCAGUGCAAGCCAGCAUCUCUGCCAUAUCCUCUGCAGUGUCAACGUUGACAGAUACGACGUCAUCGUCUACUGAUGUUACAAAGCCUCUGAUGAUUGAGACAAAGUUUUCUGGAUCACCUGGACCGAGUAGUGCCAGUACGGACACGGCAUCGGAGGUCGGCAGUUGUUUCAGCUCCCCUAGCAGCAGCAUUGCGGGCACCUCCGCCCAGAACAGUCCCAAUGUACCUGAUGGAAACCCCAGUGUGAAGUCAGAGGUUGAUGCAGCCACCAAGCCAAAAACCAAGUUGCACAGUCAGAAAGGAUUCCGACCUAAGGACCUUAUCGCUUUAUUGAAAAAUGUGGAAAAUGAAAUCCAGCGUUGUGAAACAAAUCUGCAAGAAGAGCAAGAAAAAAUUAAGAAAUACAAGAUUGACAACUGUCGCCGUACCCACAACUAUGACCAGUUCCUCUGUACAUUUCUCUCCAUGCUGGCCCAGCAGGGUCAUCUAGCGGAGCUUGUACAGCAGCACAGUCUCAUCAAGAAGCGAGUACCCGGACAUAUCAGCAAGUCUGUGAAACUCUCACAGGCCGCAAGGAAGAAGAAAAAGACCAAGAAAAGACGAUAGAUUAUGGGCCACAUAUUUCUGUUGAACUUGUUGACUAAGAGGGCAAGAUUGGUCAAUGUUUAAAUUUUGAUGUUAGUUGUAAUUUGCACAUAUUUAACAGUUAUUCACGGAUAUUAUUUUUUAUUCAAACAGAAGUCGUGAUUUUUAUGUCCCCCACCACUAUAGUGGGGGACAUAUUGUUUUUGCCCUGUCUGUUGGUUUGUUGCUUUGUUUGUGUGUUUGUUUGUUUGCGUCAAACUUUAAGAUUUGCCACAACUUUUGCAAUAUUGAAGAUAGCAACUUGAUAUUUGGCAUUCAUGUGUAUCUCAUGGAGCUGCAUCUUUCAAGGUCAAAGGUCAAAUAUAUGUGGACAUAGUAUUUCACAAACACAUCUUGUUUUUUAAUUAUUUACCAUGUUUCUUGAACAUGUACAUGUAUUUAAUUGUGCAAUGUCUUCGAAAUUAAUUCAUUUAUUUGUUAAAAACAUGCGGCAAGUGUUUUAUUCACUGUAUAUAUCUUUAUUCAAUAAUCUAGGAAUGGUGCUUUUAAAUUGUUAAAACUGGAAAUAAAAGUUGGAAAAAAUA